GGCGGAAGCGAGCCGGUUGCCAUGGGGACGCGGCCUAGCCGCCAUGGCGGGGCCGAGCUGGCUGGAGCGGCUGCGCGGGGCCCGCAAGAGCGCGCUGCUGCAAGACGGGAAGAGGAAGGUCCAUUACCUGUUUGAGGAUGGGCUGGAGAUGGCUGAGGAGUACGACCUGAAGACCAGCCAGCUGCUGGCUAGAAAGUGGCGAGAGAAGACUGCUCUGGGGAGCGCCGGCAAGUGGCAGGUUGAGGUGGGAGAGCCGACCAUACACACUGCGGGAGCGCUGGAAUCCGAGCUCAUAAAGGAAAGCAGCUCCAAUCCCAUCUUCAUGAGGAGAGACACUCAGAACAGUUUCCAGUGGCGGAUCCGGAACCUGCCCUACCCCAAAGAGGUCUACAGCGUCUCCGUGGAGAAGGAGCAGCGCUGUUGUGUUGUCCGUACCAGCAACAAGAAGUAUUACAAGAAGUUCCCCAUUCCUGACAUGGACAGAUUCCAGCUUCCCCUGGACACGGCUGCCCUGAGCUUCACUUAUGCCAAUGCCACCCUCAUCAUCACGUACCGGAAGCCCCAGGAGAUCCUGGCUGCGGAAGAAGAGCUGCAGAAGGAGCUGAAGAAGAUCAAGGCCGCUAACGAUGGGGACGGGGAGUGCAAGACCCAGUAGGCAGUGGCUGUGGGGGGGGUUGGGGUUCUCCUGGCAGAACCGCGCACUAUUUAUUUGGCUUUUUUCUAGUAAAAUGAUUUCCACAGG